AUACAUAGAAAAUGCAACUCUUAUUUGAGAUUUAAGGAGCAGAAUGAAGCAUGUGCUUGUAUGUGCUUGAACGAUUUCAGUAAGCUAUAUUAAAGUGAAAAGAUAAAUGGCUUGUAUGUGCUUGAACGAUUUCAGUAAGCUAUAUUAAAGUGAAAAGAUAAAUGAACUGUCAAAUCUUGAGUAAAGAGUACCUGGUGGUGCCCACAUAAUCUACUUUAAAGAGUAUAGUUUUGGGAAAACUGAGGAGUAAGAGGUUUGUGGUACUGGUUGUCAAGAGAGAUUAAUAGAAAAAAAUAUACAAGCAGCUUACCUAUAACUAUCAUUAUUGAAUUAUUGAUAAAAUUCUAAGUUGCUAAGCCCCACACUGUCUGUGUUUGACAAGUCCUAUUGAUAAAUUAAGGGGCAAUCAAUUGAUAAAAGAGCUUUUCUAAGCCUCACCCAGGUCAUAAUCUUGACUGUCCCAAAAUGCUGCACAUCAUGUAUUUUCAUGUAUUCACUGCCCUUAUUGUUGCUACUGUCUCUGCAUCAACUUUACAACAUCAUGCUGAUGUCAAUAAUGAUGUGUUGAUAAAACUAGUUGAAAGACUGGACAAGCAGGAACAAGAGAUGAAAAAACUGAAAGUUGAGGUUGCUGCAGUGAGGCAGGAAAACGAACAACUUAAGUCAGAUAUUCAGAAAAUCAAGUUGAAGCUUGAUGCACAAACUGCCACUGUCCCUGAAAGAAAUGCAACAAAUCUUCGCCAUGGAAACCAUUUUAUUACCAAGCGACAAGUGCAGCAAGGAAAUUUGGUAAGUUCAGGAUGUUUGCAAGGACCCCAGGGACCCCCAGGAAGAGAUGGCAGGGACGGCAAGGAUGGAAAAGAUGGCAGAGAUGGGAAAGAUGGCAUUCAGAACCCAGGUUUAACAGUAGACAGUCUCAAGCAAAUCAUUGGACUGCUUGGAUAUCAGUCAGCUUUACAAGGUAAUGUUGUCAACUCCUCCAGGAGCAGUGUUCAGGGACCCCAGGGAUUACCUGGGAGAGAUGGUAAAGAUGGCAGAGAUGGAAUACAGGGACCACCUGGACCUAAAGGGGACCCAGGAUCUCUAACAUUGGAUACCCUCAAACAAAUGCUGGGACAAAUUGGAGCUCAAAUAGGAGUGCCACCUACAGGUCUGCCGGCCACCAGCAACCAUGGUGGUGCAGUGUUUACACGUUGGGGCAGAACAUCUUGUUCAACACAAUCUGAACUUUUGUACAAAGGGAUAGCUUCUGGAACUGAGUAUCUCAAAACUGGAGGAGGCAGUAAUUACCUGUGUUUGCCACAGACACCAGAGUGGGGGAAAUACCAAGAUGGAGGGCAAGAUUUAGGUUCUUACAUACAUGGGGUGGAAUAUCAGAAUGUAAAACCUAACAUAUUUUCAACAACCAAUACAGGAGGUCAAAAUUUUGCUGAGCAUGAUGCCCCCUGUGCUGUAUGCUACACCCAAACACGCCCCAGUCAUGUGAUGAUACCAGCCAAGAAGACAUGUCCAGCUGGGUGGACAACAGAGUACAAUGGAUACCUGGUAUCAGCUCAUGACUCACACCAGAGAACUGAGUUUGUCUGCCUUGAUGAAGCUCCCGAAGUGGUAGCUGGAGGCCAUGAGAACAAAAAUGGUGCCUUGUUCUACACUGCUGAAGCUAAGUGUGGUUCUCUCCCCUGUCCACCAUAUGUGGAUGGAAGAGAACUGACUUGUGUUGUCUGUACUAACUAGUGGCCAUACCAAGACU